AGUCGCAGCUGCCGCACCGUAACCUUAACAUCUGCACGAGGCGCUCGACGAGAGUCGUGGACAGGUUCGAAAUAGUGCCGCCAUCAACUUUCUAGAGAAGCUUGGAACUGUAUACCUUCAAGCUGCUGCCCUCCACCAAAAUCCACUCAUUGCUGCCUUGAUGGCGUUGCUCGCGACUUCGCCGUAGUGGUUACCCGAUAACGUCACUGCAUAUCGAGUGAACGACGGAGCGCUGUCCGAACUACCGACGAGAACCCCCGCAUGCGAGGUAAACACGCUCAUGGCCGCCACUGAAGUGAGGACUUGGGCGCUGGAAGAUGUCUCAAACCCACUCAGGCUUCAUCCGCCUUCGCCAACACACACUCGGACUUCUGAAGGACGCAUCGACAGCAUCAUCAACAGCUACGCCAUGGAUCGACCUUCGAGUGACCAGUGGGACUCAGAUAGCAGCGUCAGCUCCUUCAUCGACGACAGAUGUCCAACCGAAUGGGAACAUCCACUUUCUGCAACAUCUGCGCAGCCACACCAUUCGAGUCCUUGGCCAGAAGCCAUAUAUGGAGCUCGCCCGAUCGAUCCUCACAACCUCACCGACGAGUCUAGAAUCCUUCCAGCCGGUGUAGCAGAAAGAUUCGCCACGAGAGAGCUCAACGCAUUGCGAACUCCUGCCUUGACUGCCCUCCCACAGUCGCCAGAGUCGCCAGCCGACGAUGCCCCUCGUCCUGUCAAGCCGAAAGCUCUGGAUGCGACCUUGUUGAGAAAGCUAUUUCGCGCUACUAUCGACGAGAAGCGUCGAGUUGACGAGGCCAGGCGGCAGACAGCACAAGACAUCAAUGCCAAGGUUGCAAGCAAAGCCGGCGCGGAAGCUCGCAACCGGAGAGCAGUCGAACAGGUGGCGCCAAUUCUCCCCGAGGAGCACGAGGUUCUUCGUGGUAUCAAGCAAAGCCUCGACGACCACAACCAAAACGCUGGGUCAGAACAGGCGCCUCCGGUUUCUGAAACACGCUCCGAAGAUGCCAAGCAACGGGUGCAACAGGACCCGACACGUGCUGUAGCUUCUUCCGAUCCUCCACCCUUGAAGCUAUCGGGCAGAAAAUUAAGCUUCGAUAGACCUCGCCUUCUUCGUGGUGGAAGCAAGAAUGAACAUGAAGCAGAGACAGAUGGGUUUCUCAAAGCGCCAGCAUUCGGGUCCGGAGCGAGCAAGGCACGUGCACUUUCGUCGACAAAAGAGGAAGGUCAGGUGCGGGAUAGGACAAGAGGCUCGGUAGAUCUGAUCGCCAGUCGUCCCAAUAAGCCGGUAGCACGAGACGCACGUACGAAGAAUCGAGAGUCCGGACUUGAGGCCCUACAGGACUUCCUCCGGUAUACUGGUCCUACCGAUCACAAAUCCACACUUGCAAGCAAGAAGAAGGCCAGCAAGCUCAUAAAGCAUCAAAAGAAAGAGAAGCCCAUAGUGGCGCAUCACGAAUUGCGUCGCAAGCGAUCUGUAGCAGCUGCAGCUGAAAUACUUUUGACACCCACGGAUGAACCUGUACCACAACUCCCAUCGAUCUCGCAAUCGACUUCCCCACGAUCAUCUGGCAAGGUCGAUCGCUCCGAACGACAGCAUGACAGGGAGUCAAGAUCUUCGAAGCGCUUCGCCGACCGCGCUCGUUUGCAAGCGGAAGUCGAGUCCGCUCGAUCAAACAAUUCUUCACAGGUAUCCGCCGCACCCAUCGAACGCCCAUCAGUCCAAUAUACAAGGAGCGUCUCAGUCGACAUCGUGCGAACAGUGGCCAAGACACCAUCGGGUCGCAGCACCUCAAGACCACCCUCGUCGCACAAGAGGAGACCUUCGGGCUUCUAUGGAGGGUCACCAGAGGAGAGAGAGCAAUCGGAGAAGGAGUUCGGCGAGAUUGAGAUGGCUUGGACGGCACCAGCCCCUGAGGCAGCGACUAUAGCGUCUGCAUCCAAGCACAGCGUUGAACACGCGGAUGAGGCACCUGCAGUGGUGCCCACAGUCAAUAUCCGGCCCGCAUCUUCAACAAAGGAUUCCUCGAAAGGCUCUACCAGGCAACCCACCCCCAAAUUAGCGUUGAAGAUUCCGGAGACCAACUCUGCCCCCGUGGAAUGGGAAGAGGUGUCUUUUGCUCAAAACGUUGUCUAUCAGACACUUACACCAGUCAGCGCGUCAAAGGUGACCAUUCCUAAGUCUGCCGGGUCGAAGUCGCCGUCGAUCAGAAACUUCGAGCCUAUCGUCGAGGAGUUCGACUUGGAGGAUCUCGAACGCCAGAGGCAUGCGAGGAAGCGUACUGGUUCGGAUCUCACCGAAGAGGAGGGCAGUCGCUCAUCUGCCGUCGAAAAGCCGCCAAUGGAGCGCAAAGAUUCCAAAUCGCCAUCUGACGUGUUGUGGCCCGAGGACGAGUGUGUCUGGGAUAAAACUCCUUCUGUCAGGAACGACUCCAACUGGUUCCGAGACUGGAAGUCAACCACGCCUCAAGCAUUUGAGUUCGAAGUCAUGAACCGCGGCCAGUCAAAGGUACCGCCACGCCGGACUCCGCAAGCUGCGUCGCACGAAAUCCAGAGUAUUGUUGACGGAUGGAUCGAAGCCGCGCAAGAGAACCGCACCCUGAAGUUUGCAGCUGCCAAGCAAGUCAUGCGGGCUCCACGUUCACCAUGCAUGUCACCAGCAAGCAGUGGACAAGCUGCUAGACCAGGAACCUCCCUUGGCUUCCGUGGGAACGAAGGUGACGAAGGCGCCAGGUCUCGGCGCGCAGAAAGUCCCAUGGAGACUCGCGGCAGAAGCAAAGACUCGAAGUCUAUCACAGCCUCUGGUCAACUGAGGCGCUUGCCUUCUAGAAAGAGAAAGAGCCGUUCGAUGGCUCCGACCAGGACAUCCGCCGCUGUGACGGGUGGCACAUUCGAAGAAGUCGGCCAGGGCGCUACCACAGGCACCGACACCAAGGCCAAUGCGUGGGCAGCUGCUAGUGCUCGCAGCACCAGGAUUCCAAUCAAAACCAUGAGCUUCAAGUCUGUGUCGCGUAACCGUGCCACCAGCCAUGCCUCCAGUCGUCCUCAGAGCACAGCAGCAAGUGCGAGAUCGACAAUGUUCCCUUCGCCUGGCACGCCUUCGGUACGGGCGUCGCAGGGUUGGACAUAUCCACAAGAGCAAAUUAUAGAGCAGUGGCCGGAAGCGCAGGGUCGUACCUCUGACACGAAUUUGUCAGAGCAAGCUAGAAGGCGACCAUCGUUGGCAUCGACCCAUCAAAGCCGCAAGAGUCAAGGCCCCUCGAUGCACAGCUAUCAUUCUAGGAAGUCAAGUGCUGCAUCGCACCACUCUUCCACCACUUCGUAUCCUCGAUCAGUGCGGGCCGGAGAUGACGGCAAUCCAGGCAGCGCGCAGCAUUCUCCAUCUGUGAAGCAGGCAGACGAGCCACCGCUACCGCCGCUUCCUGACUCACCGCUGAGCCGCAAGAACUACAGGCAGGCAAAGCCGGAGCUGACAAUAUUCGCUGGCAAAGGUUGGAUCUCACCACAUCCGCUCAGCCGCUCAUCCACCGAAUAUGCCUCCUCGCCUCAGUCCAGAAUCAUGCUGCCAAGCGAAGCGUUUCCAACAGGUGCUACCAUGUCAUAUGAGGAGUGGAAGCAAAUGCAAGAACAUGGAUUACGUCUCCGCCACAAUCACUCGAUCACGGAGAGCAGCAGGACACAAAAUGGCCUUUACCAUGACGACCGGUAUCGCCAUGCCGCUUGGGAGGGCCGCGAAUUCCCACGGACGAGCUCACAUCGGUCAGAGCGAUCUUCGCGACAAGGAGAGUCAAAAGAGUUUGUGAACUCAAACUUAGCCCCGCCUGAGGCCCAGCAAAGUCAAGGCAGUGGUGUAUCGUUCAUUACAGGCUCAGCCAAGUCUUCACGACAUCAGCGCUCGAACUCGGCGUAGUACUCCGAGCAGAAAGCUGAGAGUCGCGACACCCAAGCGGGAAGCGGUAGAAGUGGCCGCAGCAAGUUGAGUCAGAAGCAGCGCGUUGCAAGCGAGUCUGGGAAGCAGUCGAGUCAGGGCCCGAAAUUCGAGGAGUCUCGGACUUCACGACACAGCGGGCGAGGUACGGACAGCUCAUCUGGUCGCAAACACCGCAGACGGAGUCAUCGAUCCGAGCGCACUGCCUCCGGUACUCAUCACUCGCGACGCAGCGAGCGCUCUGGGCAUACGGAAGACUCAUCCGGCACCCCUCGCUCGCGACACACGCGACACAGUGAGCGCAGCGGUGAGAAGGUCCUAUCUUCCCGCAGCAAGCUUAGUUCGGAGAUCGAGAAGGAAUGGGACGAGACCGAGCGAGGCAAUGCUGGGAUCGCGCGCAGGAGCGAGCAUAGCAACCCAUCUUCACGCAGCAAACGCAGUGCAAAGAUCGAGCAAGGGUGGGACGAUGCCGAAUGUGGGUACGCUGGUGGUUACUACAUCCCGCCUCAGUACGACCCAAAGUUUGCAAAGAGACGAUCUCCCUCGGCGUGGUGAAUUGUUUGAUCUGAUGAAGUGGGAAUAGACGAUAAAAAGAAGGGAGGUCUAGUUUACUGUCGAGCAUUUUCUUUGUAUCAAGCGGGCGAGCGAUUGAGCGUUACCAACGGCCUCUGAAGGUUUCAUUAUGACCCGUUUCUUUACGAGCUCUCUCAGUCGCUACAUUACCAGAUAGAUGGCAGGACAUUGUAGAAUAUAAUGUAAUUACAAAACUCAGUCUCUAAUGCGACGUUCGAAGGCCUGCCUCAUCUAUCUACAUCCCCGUUUAAAGGUCGCUCGUCGAAAGCAGGAUUCAACACCUUUCCGAGAGACGGUACCUCACGUGUAUGUUGUAUAGGGCAGAGGUACAAGGAUUGAAGAAGUCCUCGCGUCCUCUUGGAAGGGUCCACGGCAAAGGCCGAAUUUCUGUAUUGCUAUUCAACGGUAGGCGGAUAAGUGUCGCGUUUGCAACGCGUACAGGUAAGCCAAGGAGCGUGGCACGGAGAGCGAAGCUGGGCAAAGCGGAAGAGCUGAGUGGCUCUCCCCAAAAUUGACUUGCUGGCUCUCACUUGCCAUCACUCAUCAGCCCGAGCGGGCUAUAUGAGGGCAGACCGGCAAACGAUGGUGAGACUUGCUGGGGAUGGGUUUAGGUUAUUCUGCUGAAGAGC